AUGGCGGAGGCAAACUGUGUGUCGAAUGAGAAGAUCCUGAGUGAUAUCUAUAACGACCGACUACCGUGUUUAUUGAGUCCUAUAACAUUACGCCAUCUUGCUCGAGAAUGGUUGAAGGAAGACACCCCUAAUUUUGAUUACGGUGGCUUCGUGGUAGGCGAAAAACCAGAAACGUCAGUGAUUCUUUUAAAAAGUGCCGGAGUUUUAGCCGGGGUACCUUUUGUUAAUGCUAUAUUUAAAGAAUUAGAUUUGGAAGUGGAAUGGUUUUUCAAAGAAGGACAACGUCUAGAACCUAUUCAAACUGUAGCCGCCGUCACUGGGAAGGUUCGACAACUCUUGUUAGCAGAACGUAUUGUUCUAAAUGUUCUUACUCGUGCUAGUGGAAUUGCUUCAUUAGCCAGAGAACUGAAUUUUAUAGCUAGAAGUUGUAGAUGGGACGGGGAGGUGGCUGGAACUCGAAAAACUACGCCUGGUUUUAGACUAGUAGAAAAGUAUGCUCUGUUAGCAGGAGGGGCGACAACUCAUAGAUACGACCUCUCUUCUAUGAUCAUGCUGAAGGACAACCACAUCUGGACAGCUGGUAGCAUCACACAGGCAGUUAAAGACGCUAAGAUCGUUGGUGGAUUCAGCCACAAGAUCGAGGUGGAAUGUCGGAGUUUGGAUGAGGCACAGGAGGCGGGAACCGCCGGAGCAGACGUGAUCAUGCUAGACAAUUUUACUCCUGAAAUCCUAAUCAGCACCUCGACUGAAUUGAAACGUCAAUUUCCUCACGUGGUUAUAGAAGCCAGUGGUGGGAUUACUAAACUUAACAUGGCGGACUACUGUGUUCCAAACGUCGACGUCGUCUCUCUCGGUUGUCUCACUCAAGGAUAUUCUGUUGUGGAUUUUUCCAUGAAAAUUCAAAAAGAUGGAAAGGACCCGAGAAACCUUCCAGUUCAUUAG